AUGGCAGCGACGGAUAUGAGCGAUCUUCCUCAGCUUGAAGGCGAUCUUAUCGCCCCGGAUUACUCUAAACCAGUACAUGAAUCAGUGUCCAGGUGGUCAUUCACGGGCAUCAAGGAACGCCCUGCACUUACUAUAAUUCCAAAUACCGAAGAAGAUAUCCUCAAAGCUAUAGAAUUUGCCAAAAAGCAAGCACUUCAGAUUUUGCCUGCUGGUGGUGGGCAUGGGACCCUAGCCCCGAUCACGUCCAAGACCCUUUAUCUUGACCUGAAAAGAUUCAAUAAGGUGGAAGUGGAUAGCGGUCAACGGACAGUCACGGUGGGAGGUGGAGCUGUGACAAGCCAGCUAAUCAAGGCAUGCACCGAACACGGCUUCUACACCACUUGGCCUAACAGCAAUGCGGUUGGCGUUGUUGGAUGUAUCUUGGGUGGAGGUAAUCCAACUUUGCUUGGACUACAUGGAAUGAUGAUCGACCAUGUUCUUUCCAUCCGUAUAGUCACUUCAGAUAGGAAAAUAAUGGAGGUGACGUCCUCGUCGAAUGGAGAAGAUCUCGCUCUCUUCCAUGCAUUAUGCGGAGCAGGCAAUGGCCUGGGGGUGGUCACAUCCUUGACAAUGAAAGUGUUUCCUCUAGAGAAUCUUCGAUUGUCGAAAAAUGGAGUUUGGGUCCGCAGACUCGUCUUUUCAGCUUCGGAGAUUGAGCUUGCCGCCGAGUUAUUUGAUAAAGUCCAACCUCCUCCUCCGCCGAUGGUGGUGUCAUUGGUCUGCGCAAGGGCGCCACCAACUGCCCCUAAGCCGGGCGCACCGAUAAUCAUCUUCACGGUGACAUAUUAUGGACCAGCAGACGAGGCAGAGACACGUACUUCAAUCUUGUUCGAGGGUGAACCCAUCUCCAAAGCAAUCUCUGUGCAAACCGUCUUGACGCCACUGUUCAAGCUAAACGAUGGACUCAAUCACUUUGACGUACAUGGUGGUUUCAAAGACAUCCAGUCUGCUUGGAUCACAGAAACUCAAUCCGAGACUAUCAUAGCUGCAUUUAAGGAAUGGCUUGAUUUCACAGCGCAACACGAUGAUACAAAAAGAACCACUAUAGUACUGAAUAGCUCCAGCAUCCAAAAGCAACUUGAGAUACAAGGCACUUCGGAAGGACGAGCCCGGUAUUUUGAUGCUCGUGAUAGAGGAGUUCACGCAUUGAUCAUUUCUUGGUUUACCAAAGCAGAAACCAGGUCGGCUGCAACCGACUUUGCGGCUGGGAUCAAGGCUCUAUAUAGGCAGAAGAAGAAAGCUGCAGAGCCUCCACGGACUAUUUUGAACAAUAUUGGCCCCAAUUCAAAGCCAGACGAGAUAUUAGUUGAACAUAGAGUCGCAGAUUUGAAGAGACUGGCGGACUUUUGGGAUCCGACAGCCCUCUUUUGGAAACCAUGGAACUGA